AUGUUGAUCUCUCUGAUCAGGAAAGGUGAAAACUUCAGCUCUUCAAACAAGGACGAACAUUUCCCAGGCUCAUUCGCAGACCCGAAGUAUGGCCUGGGCAGUUUCCUCCCUCAUCCUUCCAACAUCUCCCUCGUUCCUGAGAUCGGUCUCCAGAGGUCCUCCAUCUCCGACACCUGCGACCAUGAGGCCCAGCUUGGCGGUGUCACCGAGGAACCGUCGUAUCCUUUCCUCAAGCUCACCAGCUGCGGUGCAGUUUGGAACCCCGGCGGAGACAACUCAACCAGAGGCAGGCUAAACGAUUUUUCCGCUACACCUGAUGAGUCAAGAUGUGGAAGCGGUUCAGAUCUCGUGGGCUCGAGUCCGUCUUCUUCCAACUCGUUCGUGAGUUCACUUGCCAUGCAGGAACUCCAUGCUAUGGAGGCCCUGGCUUCUUCCGGGUUUGAUCAGACGUUUCUCCAGCCUUCUCUCAGCAAUAUGGUCUUUAGUGGGGAAGGAGGGCCACACAAUCUGGGGGAUAUUCAACUUCCAUUCCAUCAGUGGACGUCAAAUGAGUGUCCGAAGGUGAGGAAGCCUCUAAUCUCCUCUAUGUUUCCGUGGCGACCUGUUCUAUUCUAACAUUCGUUCAUAACUCACACCAUACUCAUCCCGACUGAGUUCGCUGCUUCGAUGAGGUAGUUUUAGAUUUUUAGUGUUAUUACUCAAACAGUGGUAGUUUGGAUCUUCGAUCACCGGGAAAUGUGGUUACUACGACAUGUUUAGGGCGUCCGUCACUGGCUUCUCGUUCACAUCAAAAGCAUGGAGAGAUACGAGUACUUUUUUGUCUAUUUCUUGGAUAAACAGUAGGUAUGGGGGAAAUAGUUAUUAUACGAGGCCGAAGAGUAUCUAUUUUGAUAUCUUGAGCCCCAAUACUUCAUUAUUAUAUCCAGAUGAGCAUCUCCGUAGUUGCCCAUCUUCUCCUCUAGUCGCCUUUUGUAGUCAAAUAUUAACCUAUUUCCCCCUCCGAUCAAAGGCGAGACUUCUAUGCCAUCUUGAAUUAUCCAACGAACGCAGAGCAACAUUCAUGAUGCAUGGAUCAGAUAGCUGUCCUUUCAUAGUGAAUUUCUCCAUCCCACUCUUCCUGACCUCCGUUAAACCCGGAAAGGGUUUCUCUUUUCAGCUUUGUGGAUCAUUUUCAGAAAGAAAAUAAUCUAGAACUGAGGAUUCCUGAGCAGUGGCCAUCACUCGGAUUAAACAGCUGACCCCCCCCUCCCCCCUUUUUGCUUUUGCUUUCGACAAAGAUGUCGUCUUUCGUCGGCGGAAGACCAGACCCAGAUGGCGCUGAAGCCUUCCCGCCGGCCGCGAAGAAGCCCCGCCUGCAACCGCGCCCGUCGUCGUCUCCCCAUUUGAAGGUACUCCCGCGUCAUUCUUCUUUGAGUAUCUCCGAGGAUGGUGGGCCUAUUUAUUUGGAAAGAAAUUUCUAUUACCUUCGUAUAUCUUGUGCUGCUGCAAGCAGGUAAGGAAGGAGAAGUUAAGCGAUAGGGUUGCUGCUCUUCAACAGCUGGUGGCUCCUUUUGGUAAGGUCGGUAGCUUAUACGGGAUUAACACACAGACUGGCCUUUCCAUUGAAUCCAAUCUGUGCGAUAGAUACUGACUGCUAACUUUUAUAUACAACGCGAUUGAUUCUUGUUGCUUCCUGUCAUACAUUGUGAGGUGAAGUUUUUUUACGUUUCUGUAAACAUAAACAAGUUCGACUCUCCUUAAAUUAACAAAUAUGAAAUUAUGACUAAAAUCGAUGAUAACUGGCCACAAAAUUAACACUCAAGUUUUGUACACUAUUUAGUGGCUAUUAAACUCAUAAUUAAUUAAUAUUAGCGGCACGUCAACAACAUAAUCUUCAACCUCAUAAUAUUUUCGAAUGGUGACCAAUAAUCUACAUCACAGCUUGUUCUAUUCCGGAAAUAACUUACAUGCCCCCUUGAAGAAAUUUUUUUUAUAAAUUAUUAAUUGUAUAUUUUUUAGCGGGUGCAAAUUAUGUUUCAAAAGCAUCUCGUCAUCUAAUUCUACUCUAAAUAAACACCCUUUAUUUCCGUUCCUUUACUCUUGGUAUUUUUGUCGUAGUUCUAUUCUUUAUUGUCGUCUUUUGUCGCCCUUGAAUCUCAUGCUAUAAGAAAAGUUGAUCUUUCUUCAUCCUCUUGUCUGUGGUAUAUCGCGAAGUAGUUCUAUUAAAUUAUCUAAUGUAUGGCUGCGUUUCCUAGUAAUUUCCUAGGUGACUAAACAUGCGGUUAAUUUCAUGCAGACUGAUACAGCAUCCGUGUUAACUGAGGCCGUCGGAUAUAUCAAGUUCCUUCAAGAACAAGUUCAGGUAAUCCAUUUCGGGAACCCUUGUCAUCACCUGUAAAAAGGAGUCCCAGAAAUAGACAAACUUAGGUCAUCAUAGACUGUCCCCAGGCCAAGGGAUAGAGACUGUCAUAGCUUACCGACUUAGGUGGACUCCACCAGCCUGAGUAUUUUUGUGACAAAACCAAGCAUCUAUGAUUUUCUUGUGAUGGAUUUUAAACUAAUUUAAUUUCUGACGAAUAAUUUAUUUUUCUUUGACAGACUCUAAGCAUGCCUUACUUGAGGUCAUCCAGAAAGCGUACAAUCGGCACAGUCCAGGAGGUAGGAACCCACUUCAUUAUGUGCAGCGAAACCGUCGUCUGUGCCCAAAAAUUACAAGUCUAUAUUUUGAUUUUAUGCUAAUAUUGAUAUGACCACGUAGCCUCCUUCUCCUCCUACCAAGCUCCUCAAAGUCUCACAUUGUUUUGCCAAUGCGUUGAGCAGGUUUCAAAUGAAGAGGAAGAAGAUAUUAAGCGGGACUUGACGAGCCGAGGCCUUUGUCUGGUGCCGCUCGCGUAUACAUCGUACUUCACAAGUGAGAGUGCAAGUGCCUGGUCACCGUCACGUUUCGGAGGAACCUGA